ACAUACUCUCCUUUUUCAGCAUAUUCUUGCACAACCACACAUGGCUAUGAAAAGUGGCUCCCUCCAACUUCUCUUUCUUAUUCUCUUCUUUUACUUUCAAGCCAUAAAACUUAGCUCCAGCUUUCAGAGUGUUAACGGGGGUUGCAUAGAAAUUGAGAAGAAAGCACUUCUUAAGUUCAAACAAGGCCUCACAGAUCCUUCAGGCCGGCUCUCUUCUUGGGUCGGAGGAAAUUGUUGUACGUGGCAAGGCGUGAACUGCAACAACAGAACUGGAAAUGUCAUCAAACUCAAACUUCGCAACCCAUUUCCAGAUAGUUUUGAUAUCAAUGGAACAGUAAACAACCUGGGAGGUGAGAUCAAUCCUUCUUUACUCAACUUGAAAUAUUUGAGUUAUUUAGACUUGAGUAUGAAUAACUUUGGAGGGAUCGAAAUCCCAAAUUUCCUCGGCUCCCUCACAAAUUUGAGAUACCUCAAUCUCUCUGGUGCAUUUUUUGGUAAGACAAUCCCACCAAAUCUCGGAAACCUUUCAAGCUUGCUUUAUCUUGAUCUCAGCUCCUACUUUGAUGAUUCAAAUGUCAAUGAUUUGAAAUGGAUAUCAAGUCUUUCAUCUUUAAAGUACCUUAAUUUGGGAGGUGUGGACCUUAGUAAGGCUGCAUCCUCUUGGCUUCAAAUUUUAAAUAUGCUUCCAUCCCUUUUAGAAUUACAUUUGCCUCAGUGUGUGCUUCUCAACCUUCCACCCUCUCUUCCUUCUGUUAAUUUUACAUCUCUUUCAGUACUUGACCUCUCCAACAAUGGCUUCAACUCCACAAUACCCCAAUGGUUGUUCAAUCUUAGUUCCCUUACCCAACUUGAUCUCAACUCCAACAAUCUCCAAGGUGAAGUUUCAGAUGCCUUUACAAAGCUAACUUCCCUUCAAAACCUUGAUCUCUCACAAAAUUCCUUCCUUCAAGGUCAGUUGUCAAGAAAUCUAGGAAAGUUCUGUAAUUUGCAGAUGUUGGAACUUUCUUUCAACAAUAUCACAGGAGAGUUGACUGAAUUCAUCAGUGGUUUAUCUGAAUGUCCUAGUAGUAGCUUACAGACAUUGGAUCUGGGAUAUAAUCAAUUGACUGGCAACCUGCCUAAUACAUUGGGAUACUUAAAGAAAUUGCAGUACCUUAUACUUUGGAAUAACAUGUUCCAAGGUCCGAUUCCAAACUCCAUCGGAAAUUUAUCUUCUCUGGAGGAAUUAUACCUCUCCAACAAUCAAAUGACAGGGAGCGUCCCACAAAACCUUGGGCAACUCUCAUCGUUAAUUGUAUUGGAGCUCUCUGAGAAUUCAUGGGAAGGUAUUGUUACUGAAGCUCAUUUUGCAAAUCUCUCAAACUUGAGGGAACUCUCAAUUUAUAGAGGAUCACCAAAUAUUUCAAUGAUUUUCAACAUCAGUUCUAAUUGGAUUCCUCCUUUCAAGCUCACAUUCAUCAACAUCAGAUCAUGCCAGUUGGGACCCAAAUUCCCAACAUGGCUUCAAAAUCAAAGUGAGUUGAACACUCUCGUUCUUAACAAUGUUGGAAUUUCUGACACCAUACCAGAUUGGUUUUGGAAGUUGGAUUUGGAACUCGAUGAUAUAGAGGUACCUUAUAAUAACUUAAGCGGACGAGUGCCUAACUCAUUACGGUUUAAUGAAUUUGCCCAUGUUGAUCUUAGUUCAAACCGCUUUGAAGGCCCUCUCCCGCUUUGGUCAUCCAAUGUGAGUGCAUUAUAUCUAAGGGAUAACUUGUUCUCUGGACCAAUUCCUCUAAACAUUGGUGAUGUAAUGCCCCAGUUAACAGAUUUAGAUAUCUCUAUGAACUCUUUAAUUGGUAGCAUUCCUUUGUCCAUAGGUAAACUAAAUGCUAUGACAAACCUAGUCAUCUCAAGCAAUCGACUUUCUGGAGAAAUACCUGACUUUUGGAAUAAUAUGCCAGACUUGUACUUUAUUGAAAUGUCAAACAAUAGUCUAUCUGGUAUAAUACCAAGCUCAAUGGGUUCUCUAAAAUUUCUCAAAUUCUUGUAUCUCUCUAAGAACAAUCUUUCAGGGGAAGUUCAAACAGAUUUGCAAAACUGUACGUCCAUGGAAACCAUCGAUAUUGGCGACAAUAAAAUAUCUGGAUAUAUUCCGUCUUGGAUAGGAGAAAGCAUGCCAUCUUUAUUGAUUCUCCGUUUACGGAAUAAUUCCUUUACUGGAAACAUACCUUCACAAAUAUGUAACCUCUCUGCACUUCACAUAUUGGACCUUUCACAAAAUAAGUUGUCAGGAAUAAUUCCACCUUGUUUUGAGAAUUUUAAUGGUAUGAAAAUCCAGCUUACUUCAGAGCGAUAUGAAGGGAAUUUGCAGGUGGUUGCAAAGGGAGCUGUAAUUGAAUAUCACGCUCCCCUCCUUUACCUCGUGAAUAUUCUAGAUCUCUCGGUCAAUGAUUUAUUUGGAAAUAUUCCUGAAGAACUAACAACCCUUAUCAAAUUAGGUGCGUUGAACUUAUCAAUGAAUCAGUUGACUGGAAGGAUACCGGAGAAGAUUGGAAACAUGGUAUUGUUAGAAACACUCGAUCUCUCAGAAAACAAACUUUCAGGCUGUAUUCCACCAAGCAUGGCAUCAUUGACUUUUUUGAAUCAUUUGAACUUAUCGUAUAACAACUUGUCAGGUGAAAUCCCUACAAGCAACCAGUUUCAAACACUCAAUGAUCCAUCAAUUUACGAGGGUAAUCCUGCUCUUUGUGGGCUUCCUCUAAUAACAAAGUGUAUUCAUGACGGUGGGCCGACCCCUAGUCACAACAAAGAAGUUGCAGAUGAUGAAGGUAAGUUUGAAAUGCUAUGGUUAUCCAUCAGCAUAGGAUUGGGAUAUUUCAUGGGGUUUUGGGGGGUUUGUAGCACUUUGAUUGUUAAUAGACAUUGGAGGGCUGCUUAUUUCCAUUUCCUUGGGAAAUCAAAAGACUGGAUCAUUGUAUUUGUCUUGACACGUGCUUCUCGUCUACAAUGGAAAUUCAACAAAGCUUGAAAGAAUUGUCACUUGUCAAAAAAAGCUUUGCUUGUAGAUCUCAGUAAAUAUGAUUGUUUAUAAAGGAAUGUGUCAUUUCUUAUAA